AUGAAUAAAUAGCGCAAGACUCAAUUGGAAGAGUUGCAGGAGAAAGAGAGUAGCUUUGGUAGAGUGUUCAAAGUGGCUGGUCCAUGUAAUUAGUGUUCUCUAAUAUGAAUAGUGGUCGUGGCUGAGAAAAUGGCAGGAGCUAAGAUGUUUGAGUUAGUGAAAGUCGGUUGGGAUAAGUUGGUUGGUGAAAUCAUUAAAUUAGAAGGUGAUAAUGCAUCUAUUCAAUGUUACGAAGAUACAUGUACUUAAAGCUCAUUUAUAAAUGAUUAGCUGGAUUGACAGUCGGUGAUCCUGUCAUGAGAACAAAGUCCCCACUCUCAGUUGAAUUGGGACCAGGUAUUCAUACUAAACCUAUGUAGGUAUUUUGACUCAAAUUUUCGACGGUAUUCAAAGACCCCUUUAAGUCAUUGCUGAACAAUCUGCUUCCAUUUUUGUGCCAAGAGGUGUUGAUAUUCCAGCAUUGGAUUAAGACAGAAUUUGGGAGUUCAAACCCUCAUCUACAAUCAAAGUAGGCUCAAUGAUUAGCGGUGGUGAUAUCUACGGCUCAGUCUUUGAAAAUAAUCUCUUUGAUGAACAUAAAAUAUUGACAGCACCAAGAGUCCAAGGAAGAGUCACUUACAUNAGAAUAGAGAAGUUCAUCGAUCCAUAGUUACACCUCUUUGGUUUCAUUAUUGCAAACAAAAAGGAAAUCUAAUCUCAAGAUGAAAUAAAGAAGGCCACAGUUUAGACUAGACAAUAGCAGAGUGUGUCAACUUAUGAAUCGAAUGUGAAACGAAUUCCAAAUGUUUAGAAGAUGAGACCUAAUUCAGGACAAUCUCCCAUCCAAUCAGUUAGUCCUCUCAUUAAAAGACAAAGAGGUAUGAAUGCCUCCGUAGAUUAUGAUACAAGUGGAACUAAAUCGUCUCUUGGGAAAACAAUGAUAGAGACAGAACAAUUAUAGACAAUCAAUGAGAUUGAUAGACCUAAAUCGAAGUUGGAGUCUAAGAAGAGUACAACUAGCAACAAUAUUUCAAAUAUCUAGAAGAGAUUUAAAUGA